AUGGCGGCGGCGGCGCUGGGCUCGGAGCGGCUCGAGGUGGCGCUGGACGCGCUGGCGCUCGGCCCCGGCGCCGAGGAGCGGCCGGGGGACCCCGCGGCGCCGGCGGGGCGGAGUCGAGCGGGGCCCGGGGCGGCGCGCGAGGCGGAGGCCGGCGCGGCGGCGCUGAGCCCCGAGCGGCGCUGGGGCUUCGCGCUCGAGGAGCUCUACGGGCUGGCGCUGCGCUUCUUCAAAGAAAAGGAUGGCAAAGCCUUUCAUCCAACAUAUGAAGAAAAACUCAAACUUGUGGCACUGCACAAGCAGGUCCUCUUGGGACCUUACAAUCCCGACACUUGCCCUGAAGUUGGAUUCUUUGAUGUGCUGGGGAAUGAUAGAAGGAAGGAAUGGGCUGCUCUUGGAAACAUGUCAAAGCAAGAAGCCAUGACAGAGUUUGUUAAGCUCCUAAAUAGGUGCUGCCACUUGUUCUCUACGUACGUCACUUCCCAUAAGAUAGAGAAAGAAGAACAAGAAAAGAAAAGAAGAGAAGAGGAAGAACGAAGGCGGCGUGAAGAGGAGGAGCGGGAGCGUUUACAAAAGGAGGAGGAAAAACGUAGGCGGGAGGAAGAGGAGCGACUGAGACGGGAAGAAGAAGAAAGGAGGAGGAUAGAGGAGGAACGGUUUCGGAUGGAACAACAGAAGCAGCAGAUCAUGGCCGCGCUGAACUCGCAGACCGCCGUCCAGUUCCAGCAGUACGCGGCCCAGCAGUACCCGGGCAACUACGAGCAGCAGCAGCUCCUCAUCCGGCAGCUCCAGGAGCAGCACUACCAGCAGUACAUGCAGCAGCUGUAUCAAGUGCAGCUGGCGCAGCAGCAGGCAGCCUUACAAAAGCAGCAGGAGGCGGUAGUGGCAGCAGGGACACCUCCCAGUACAGCAUCCAUGGUGAAUGCACCUGCCCCAGGGGACAUCCCAUCUAUUAAUGGGCAGGCCAGUGCCCAUACAGACAGCUCUGAAAAAGAGCUGGACCCAGAGGCUUUGGAAGAAGCGUUAGAGAAUGGACCAAAAGAUUCGGUUCCAGUGAUAGCUGCUCCAUCAAUGUGGACACGACCCCAGAUAAAAGACUUCAAGGAGAAAAUCCGACAGGAUGCAGACUCUGUGAUCACAGUGGGCCGAGGAGAAGUGGUUACAGUUAGAGUACCCACCCACGAAGAGGGGUCCUACCUCUUUUGGGAGUUUGCUACAGACAAUUAUGACAUUGGUUUCGGGGUGUAUUUUGAAUGGACAGACUCCCCUAACACUGCAGUCAGUGUGCAUGUCAGUGAAUCCAGUGAUGAUGAGGAUGAAGAGGAAGAAAAUGCCAGCAGUGAAGAAAAAGCCAAAAAGAAUGCCAACAAGCCUCAGCUAGAUGAAAUUGUGCCUGUGUACAGACGAGACUGUCACGAGGAAGUGUACGCUGGCAGCCACCAGUACCCAGGGAGAGGAGUUUAUCUCCUUAAAUUUGACAACUCCUACUCUCUAUGGAGGUCAAAAACAGUUUACUACAGAGUUUAUUACACUAGAUAAAGAUGUGGCUCUGCCUCAUGCUGGGCUGUGCAGAAGAUGUCAUUUUAUUUGGGAUUUUCUUCAAGCAUAACGGAUCCUCUUGAGUCUGUGUUUUAUCCUGUCUGUAUCUGUAUGGUUUGUGUGAACUUUAACAAGUAGACACUGGGAUCUUCCUGCUCCAUGACACUAAUGCAUAUUGCAUUGGGCUUAACACAGGAUCUCCCUAGGCUCUUUGGGCGCCGAGUUAACCCGUGGCAGUCACUGGCUCCGGUGCUGAAGUCACACUAGUUGCAUCUGCAAAGCCUCGUGUACAUGGGGAGGGCAUUGCUGGUUCACUGGCUGGGUGACCUGGUGUUUCCACGUCUGGAUGCUUUCAGUAACUUGUUAACAGUUAAUUUAAAGGUCCCCUCAAUAACUGGUAGAUUUGGAUGCAGUUUGCUGUGUAGCAAGUUUCUCUUAACUGUAAUUGAAUGUCAGAAUUUUUACACCAUUAAAACUUGAACUUUAAGUUGAUGCGGUUUAGAAACAAGUUGUGUCGCUUCUGUCCUCACUGAAGAAAAGCAUUGAAGUUCAGUUCCCUGAGCCAGUGUAGUGACUGCGAUGAGGAGGAACAGAGCCCCGAAAGUAUGGUGAAUAACCUUAUUUUUUGAAGACAUAAACUGAACAACGGUUUCAAGUAUAUGUAACAAGUAGAACCUUAAUCACUCUGCCCUGCUGCUAACCAUAGAAUCAAAAUAUAUAUGUGUGUAUAUAUAUCUUUUUUGGAAGGGAUUGAAUUUGAACUAGGGCACAAUAUUUUUAAUGGGGUGAACUUUAAAAUGGAAAUCAGUUUUCUGCACAACUUUCUGGUGUGUCUGUUUUUUGUAAACCUGACUGAACACAUUGUGCACCUGAAUAGUAAGUCACUUUGGUCAAGUGUAGGAAUUAAUGUUGCAUUAGUGAUGGGAAUAAUCGCUGCCAGUGCAUUUUAGUCUGCCCUGGUGGUUCUGCCUCAGUCCCCACCUUUGGGCAGAGACACAGUUAAUAACGCAGCUCUAACUCACAGUUUUGUAGGGAUGGAUGGGGCACCUUGGUGUAUUUUGUGUAAUGGCAAAAUCCGCGUGGUUGCCUGGCUCGUAGGCGCAGGAACAACCCCCUGUUCUCGCCCUGCACCCCAGGGCGCACAGUGCAGCGAUGAGCUGUGCAAGGGCUCUGCUGCCCCCCGUUCCCCAGGGAGUGGGUCACUAGGGGUCUGUGUGGGGACUCUGGCAGUUGUAUUUCCCUUGAUUAGGUGCAGGUGCAGAGCGCUGGCCCUUGCCCUUGGGGUCCUGGGCUUGUGCAUCCACGAUACUUCCCUGUCCUCUGAUCCAGCGGAUCAGCCGUGGCUGUAGAAAGUACCUUGCUUUUAAAGAAAGCUGUAUUUAAUGUAAAAAAAAAAAAAAAAAACCACCCUUUUAAGAAGGCAGGCACUAAUAUAUUUCUUCCAGUCUUCAAUUUAGGUUUCUGUCCAUAUGGCACUGUUACAGCCUUUUCCUCUAAGGAUAACUGUUCUCGGGAGUGAUGUGUGUUGCUUUCCAUGGCAGCAGCUACUGUCACGUGUGGGAUGUUAGAACUUCUCCGUUUCACGACWUUUUUUUUUAUUGCCGCUGGCUGUUGAUUAGUACAGUACAAGUGCGAUUUCAAAAUACCAUGAGAUAGUAUUUAAUCCUAAUUAAAAUACAUUUAUCUGUAA